AUGGAGAACGAAGAGAGGAGAAAGAGGUCCCGAGAGGGGGAGUUGGAGGAAGAGGAAUCCGGGGAGGUGUGUUCUUUGCCGGAGGCCAAGCGCGUCCGGACGGAUAUUCUCGGUAUCCUUGAAGACGACGAUUAUGACGCCGGGGAGGGGUCGUCCGACUCCGGCGCCGAGGAGGAGCUCGUCAACUCCGUGAUGAGGUCUCUCCAGGAGGAAAUCGAGGGGGAGGAGUGCUCGGCGGGAGGGGUGAAUGAUGUGUCUGUGCAGCCGGACCUGGGUUACCUCCUCGAGGCCUCCGACGACGAGUUGGGGCUGCCGCCGGCGAGCUCUGACGACGAGUUUGGCCUGAUUCCGGCGUACUCCGACGGUGGUACUAGCGAGAACGAUGACAUAUUUAGUGGGGAGGCCCCUCGUGAGGUGCUCGGCUUCGGUGGGUCUUGGGAUUUUGAGGAAGGGAUGAUGGGGUUCGGGCUGCCGGCGGAGUUCGGGGGAGCGGAGGAGAGAUAUGAGGAGGAUGAGACCGUCCUGUUCGAGAGCCUGUUCGACUACUCGGACGCCGGGCUUUGGCGCCCGGAGUCCUUGCCUGCUGUAUAG